AUGCAGAUCGAGCAAGCGUGUGAGUGGACUUUGGACCACGUCUGCUACCGCUGCGAAGAGGAGGCCGAGUACACGCACUUGGCGCGCACGGUCUUGCCCACCAUGGCGACGCUGCUCGUCGAGUCGGAGGUCGGCGGCCGCCCCAUCGCGACGUUCAAGCUCCACGCUGCGAUUCCACUUGCAGGCGGCCGCAGUGUUGAUGUGCUCGAGGUCCCGAUGCCCAAGCGCGGGUCCUUCUACAAGCGCGGCCUCGAGCACGCCGAGAUCGUUGUGCCCUACGACCUCGUCCAGUUUAUCAAAGCGCAAAAGAACGAUGCGAUCGUGUGGGAUCUCAAAGGACUUCAACCGUGA